UUCUUGGAGGUUGGAAUCACAGCCUACCUCAGUCUGACUAUGCAGUUCUUCUGUCACCAGUGUCUAGAUCAAGAUGACUCUUCAGAAGAAGAAGAAGCAGUUAGUGUCUACUCCCCAUCCACCCUGGUGAAACUGGCAAGACAGAGGCUACUGAGGGAGGAGGCUUUGAUCAUUUCUGCUCUCAAGCGCCUGCCCAAUAUGCUGUUCCCAGUGAUAUUUGAGGAGGCCUUCAUUAAUGGUCAUACAAAGAUCUUGAAGGCCAUGAUACCUAUGUGGCCCUUCCCAUACCUUUCUGUAGGAGCACUGACAAACAACUGCAACCUGAAGACUUUGAAGGCUGUUCUUGAUGGACUAGAUAUACUUCUUGCACAAAAGGUUUGCUCCAGUAGGUGCAAACUCAGAGUACUCAAAUGGAGAGAUGAACAGCAUGAUUUUUGUGGGAUAUGGCCUGGAUCCCAUGAAGCUGAAGACUUACCAGAGUUAAUGACACAGAAGCAUCCAGUGCAGAACAACCCUGACUGUGGGGUAAAGAAAGAAUUGAGGGUAACAACUGAACUCUCUGUCAUGAAGGGCAGACUUGAUGAUUCUGCCACAUACUUGUUGGAGUGGGCCCAGCAGAGAAAAGAUUCCAUUCAUCUACUCUGCAGAAAGCUGGUAAUUGAAACCUUAACCAAAGACACAGUGAUAGAAAUCUUCAAAAUUGUAAAUGCAGAUUGUAUACAGGAGCUGGAGCUGUAUUCUCUUUGCCUAGAAGAUUUGGCUUUUCUUAAUCCCUACCUGAGACAGAUGGACAAUCUUCUUGAACUCACACUUGAUCACAUCACAGAUUCCCUCAGUAUGGGUGAUUCUGAAAUGUGUGAGGGAAAAAUGAUCACAUUGGUUUCUCAACUUCCCACGUUUCCCUGUCUCCAGAAACUCUGUGUAAAUGAUGUCUACUUUAUAUAUGGCAACCUGAAUGAAUUCCUCAGGUGCCUGAAGAAGCCAUUGGUAUCAUUUUGCAUCAGUAACUGUGAACUCUCACAGUCAGACUUGGAUUACCUGCCCUAUUGCCUGAAUAUUUUUGAGCUAAAAUGUUUGUACCUUAUUGAUAUACCUUUAAAUCAUUUAUGCCUUGAUCCUCUCGGGUUUCUCCUUGAGAGGGUUAAACAUACCCUGGAAUGCUUGGCAUUAAAGUCAUGUAAUAUGGGGAAACCUCAUUUCAAUGCCCUGCUGCCUGCCCUAAGUCAAUGUUCCCACCUCACAGAUGUCAGUUUNUGGGAAAAUGAACUCUCUCUGCUGUUCCUGAAACAACUUCUACAGCACAUAUCCAAGCUGACUCAGCUGAGCUAUGAGCUAUACCCUGCCCCUCUUGAGUGCUAUGAUGACAGGGGUUUAAUACUAUCAUACAGAUUAGAACAAUUUUGUCCCGAACUCCUGGAUAUACUCAGGGCCAAAAGACAGCCCAAGGAUAUCGCCUUUGUUACAAACCCAUGUUCUAAAUGUGGUAGAUACUAUGUUUAUGAUCCAAAGACCCAACGUUGCUCUUUGGAAGACACACCCCUGUAAGGUUGAUUGUGGAACAGAGAAAUGCAAGCUUAAUAUUGGGGAUGGAUGAAAUCUUAGUUGAAUUUCCCUUGGUUAAAGGAGCAUGGAUUUGUCAAUCAUGUAAAGGUCUGAGAUAAACAAUAAAAAUGCAAGAUAUUCCUCUGAGCUAGUGAAUGAAUGUACCAUCUGCAAGAAGUGUCAAGCAUGCUUUUAUUCUCUAGGAUUAUUGUAGAUUGAGUAUGUUACAAUAGAGGCAAACUUCCAUGAGGGUAUUGUUCUUCUUUGUUGACUGCUUAUAAUAAAUGUGUUAACUUUGUUUUAUUUUUA